AUGGACGAAGCCGCCUGGCAGUCGCGACAGCUGCUGGAGAUUGAAAGUUUGAGCGCCAUUUACUUCGAGGAAGGUGACUUCCGUGUGGACGACGUCGCGCGGGAUACCUUGAGGCAGGCAGCAGAGGACCAACCGCCCCAGCACUCCGCCCUGUCGCUCUCCGUGCGCCUGCACCGUAUUUUUGGCGCCGCGGUGCGACUGGCGGCGGUGCUGCCACAGGGAUAUCCGGGAGAAGCAGUGCCAGUCGUGUGGUUGGAACCUGAGAUCGACGAGGCCAAUGUUGCCGCUGGUUCCAUGGCGUCCUGCUUGCUGAAGAUUGCCGAGGAUGAUCAUCUCUGUGGCCGUUUGCAAGACACGGCACAGCAGCUUGGGGAGAAGGGCGAAGAAUGCAUGUUGCCCUUGAUCCAAGAAGCACAGGAGUUGAUCCAAUCCUGGGUGGAUGACAUCGCAGUCGCUGGGCUGAUGGCAGAUGGUGACAGGUUGGUAGCCAUGGCAGCCUCGAUCCCUGGGGAUGAGGAUGAAGUGGAGGACUCCCCGAUGCCGGCGCCGCUGUGGCAGGGGCGCCGGGCUGGUGGGCCUGUAACGCUGGGGCGCCGGGCCAUGUUUUCGCAUCACAUCAUUGCGCCCUCGAAACGACAGGCCAUUAAGGAAUGGGCGGCAACUGAGUAG